AGAGUCGGUGUCGGGAGCGCCUUCGACCUCCUCAGUCCGGAGAACAUAUUGAAAGUUGACAAUCCGCGCGCCUUUGAUAUAGCCCUUCUCUCGCGAGCCACUCCCCUCGAGAUAAAUCUUCAAAAUUUUAAUCUGUGGAUGUACUAGCCAGGGUUUGGAAAAAUCGUGCAACGGCGGACGGACCUGCAGUUAGCCAGGAGCAGAAUCGAGCAGAAUCAAGUCGUACCGAAGAAAGACGCAUCGGGGAUAUGGAUAGGGACAGAUCAACCAUAAUGAAACGCAUAAAAUCACCAUAUCAAGACCGUUUCGUACCGAAGAGAAAUGAGGACGCUCUUACGAGGAGGCGUGAAGAGCAUGAGCCGGGAGAGUGGUGCCGGAGCCGGCGGCGGGGUCGGUGUUGGCGGUGGUAACAACACAACGUACACGCGAUCGGUAAUACCGCGCGAACUAGCCCAGGACUUCGCGAGACCGCCACGCCUCGAUGUACUCCUCGAUAUGCCACCCGCCUUACGAGAAACACAAGUCCAUCACAGCUGGAACGCAGACGAUCGUAGUCUAAAUAUAUUCGUCAAGGAGGACGACAAGUUAACGUUUCAUCGACAUCCCGUUGCGCAAAGUACAGACUGCAUUCGAGGGAAGGUGGGAUAUACCAAGGGUAUGCACGUAUGGGAGCUUUAUUGGAGUACGAGGCAACGAGGUACGCAUGCCGUCGUAGGAGUAGCAACGGCGGACGCACCUUUGCAUAGUGUCGGCUAUCAGAGUUUGGUAGGAAAUAAUGAGCUCAGUUGGGGUUGGGACCUUGGUAGAAAUAAACUCUAUCAUGACUCGAGAAACAACACUGGCGUGACGUAUCCAGCUCUCCUUAAGUCCGAUGAAACGUUUAUUGUUCCUGAUAAAUUUCUGGUUGUUCUCGAUAUGGACGAAGGUACGUUAGCGUUCGUAGUGGAUGGUCAGUAUCUUGGAGUAGCAUUCAGAGGGCUCAAAGGAAGGAAAUUGCAUCCCAUUGUGUCCGCUGUCUGGGGACAUUGCGAGAUCACGAUGAAAUACAUCGGCGGACUUGAUCCCGAACCUCUGCCUCUUAUGGAUCUCUGUCGAAGAGUGAUUCGACAGCGAAUCGGUAAACAAAGACUAGAAGACAAGAUCAACGAGUUGAAUCUACCGCAGACGAUGAAGACUUAUCUUCUAUACCGGGACAGAAGGUAACCACUGAGUGAAUCUCCUCAAGAUGCCACGAUUAUGAUUGCGAAUAUCACCGUGUUUAAACGUUGCCACUACGACUCACAGGCGACCGUCCGCUAUCCUCUAACACGUCACCAAGAACAGCAACCCCUUAGCCACGCGUCUCCGUUAAGCAAGCGCACGAUGUUGAACAGACUGACAUGCGUCAUGCGCCGACGCGUCGAGACACGCCUAGUGUUUCGAAAAGGCGCGCUAAGAGAACGAUGUCGAAAUACCGUAUUGAUAACGACACGUGGCGCCCUUAU